AGCCAGAGAGGCCCAGUACAGCAGUCUGUAACGUUAGUUCGUGAACUAAAGUUCGUACGUUUUUUUAUACAAAAUAGUACACAGUCUGUGACAAAUUAAACUCAAAAUACUAUAUAUCGCUGUCCUUAUAAUAUUGAUGGCAAUGGGACAAGCGUCGUCUGAAGACACGUGAAAGCAGAUAUGUUUUUGAAUGGCUUUGUUUUAUAGAAUCUGCCGGAGUUGACUUGAACUCGACAAGGAGAAAGAAAGCGAGCUACAGUAGCAGCCUGCUAGCUACGAAGCUAGUUCGCGUGCUAGUUACUUCCUUGUUACAGACUGGAGUAUGGUGACAUGUUUAUCUGAAGAAGUUUGACUCCGGGAUAGCGGGGCCUUUCGUAUCCUUAACCAUUUUUGAAUGGAAUUCAGACCCGUCCGAGUUGAGUGAUUUUUUCCAAGGAACACAUCUUUGAGACAUCGGGGCCUACACUCAGCAUGGAAUGGAAUGCAAUUCCCUGUCAAGCUGGCCACACAGUUCCAAGCUAGCUGGCUAGCUUAGCCGACUAGCUAAGUUGGCUAGCUAGGUGGCAUAGUACAUCUUUUGGAGAUGCUCAGUCCUGGAUUACAAUGGCUCAGUUUAAUUCAGUAUAUAUUUAGCUUGCUAAACUGAUACAAAUAAUAUAUGUAAAUGGAUAUAAGUAUCGCUGGCAAAGAGUGAUGGAUUAUUGUUUGGGGUGGCUAGCGCAUUGUAGUUAGUGACAGCAAGAGCUAGCCUCUUAGCCCAGUUAGCUAUCGUUAACAAAUUUGUUAGUUACAAAUGUUUCGUUUUAUUAACCACAGAACAUAAGGCGGAACACUGGAAAAGGGAGUAUUACCUAAAGUAAAUCAUUUAUUUGUAAUCAAUAAAUGCCUAAUACGGAGGUGCUUCGUGAGGGAAGGGGAAGGAGCCCCUCGGCACAGAGAAAUGCAAGACAGGACAGUCGCAGUAAACCUGGAAGCGGUGCUAUUCAACGAGAGAAGCACCGGGAGAAGAGGCGGUCAUCGGCAUCUCGACGAAAGAAACACCGACAUGCAAAGGACAGAGAGCCAUGGCAUACACCCGAGGACCCUGAUAAUGAACGAAAGGGGACUUUAGAGCGAGACGGUGAACUUCGGACUUUGGUUGAGUAUGACGACGUAAGUUCUCAAUCAGAGGGCUUUUCUGGUAGCCCAUCGCCUAAACUAGACGAUAGGUUUCCAGUGGACAGACUUACUGAAGUUGACAAUAACGGACCUACAUCUCCCGGGAGAAAGUCUCGCAGAGACCGGGAUAUUUUGCACGUUAGGAAGGAUGAGCAAACAAGAGGACCAUCUGAGAGGAGUAGACAAGACAAGGAACCCAAAAGGAAGGACCAUCAGAGCCGCGAGAGAAGCUCUUCUAAAGCCCGCGGUGGUAAUAGCCUAAGCGGUACCAAAAACAACAGAGACAGUGCAAGAAGCAACGACAGCAAUGGCAAGAAGACUGCUUCGGUGUUGCCCCCCGUGUCUGUGGAUAAAAGGGAUUCUAAGAGACACAGAAGUAAAACAAGAUCUGAAAAAGAGCCCCCCUCGGCAUACAGGGACGCACCCCAAUCAUACAGAGAGGAGCGUGAAGAACUAGGUAGGGCCUACAGAAGAAGUCCAGGCUUCAAAGCAGAAAGUCCCUAUGGGACAUCCUACGCUUAUGAAUACCAGUCUCCCAGCGGUAGUUACAACCAGUUGAUAUCCAGAAGAAGCCCUACGUAUGGAAACAAAAGGUUGUCCCCUAGUUCCACAUACUACGGACGAGAUGCGGAGCUUUAUGGUGCCUACAACGUUUCAAAGUCUCCCAGUUCAUAUUCCAGCAACAAAAGAAAGCGGUCUCCGGGGAGCCCGUUUGCCUGGCGCAGGUCUCCAAGUUAUGGCCGUCAUAGUCCUUAUGAACAUGGAGAACUUGGUACAAGUCCCUACGGCAACCGUAGGCGAUCACGAAGUCCAUAUAGAAAGUCACUGAGUCCGAGUCCAGAUGUUAGGCGAUCGGGCAAGUCACGGAGCCGGAGCCCGUACCCGUCCUCGCGGCACUCGCGUUCCCGGAGCCGCCACCGCCACUCCCGCUCGCGAUCCCGGCCCUCCAGCCUGUCCCCCAGCACCAUCACCUUCAAGAGCAGCCUGGCGGCCGAGCUCAGCAAGCAGAAGAAGGCCAAAGCAGCCGAGGCGGCCGCCAAGGCAAAGAGCUCCAGCAACGCCUCCACCCCAACCAAGGGCCCCUCCUCGGCCCACCACCAGCCCAGCCCCAAGGCCAACCAUGUCACCAAGAAGGGCCGCCCUCCCUCCCCGCCUCCUCCAGAGAAGGGUCCCCGGACGCCUGUGUCCAGCCAGCCCCAGUCCCCCUCCGACAAGCCCUCCAGGAAGGGCGUGGACCCACCCCAGUCCAGCAGGGACCGGGACGGCAAGGUGAAGGAGGAGCUGGCGGUGCACCGGGACAAGAGGAAAGCCCCAGCGUCGGCCCAGAGCAAGGAGAAGGAGAGGAUGUCUGCCACGGCCAUCUCCGCGCUCGCAUCGCUGCCACUGCCCACAAGCAUCCUGGAGCAUCUGGAUGCUUCCGACAGCUUCAAGGACAGCUCAGGGAAGAAGAAACCGGAACGCAAAGCCCGCUGCCUUCUGGCUGACCUGCCCCUGCCCCCGGAGCUGCCUGGAGGCCUGUCCUCCUCCUCGCCCCGCAGCCCCGCCGACGACAAGAAGGGCCUGAGCCUGCGCCGCCGGCCCAAGAUCUGCGGCCCUCGUUUCGGGGAGAUCAAGGAGACGGAGAUCGACUGGGGGAAGCGCUGCGUGGACAAGUUUGACAUCAUUGGCAUCACGGGCGAGGGCACGUACGGCCAGGUGUACAAAGCCAAGGACAAAGACACAGCUGAAAUGGUGGCCUUGAAGAAGGUUCGUCUGGACAACGAGAAGGAGGGCUUCCCCAUCACGGCCAUCCGAGAGAUCAAGAUCCUCCGCCAGCUCAACCACAAGAGCAUCAUCAACAUGAAGGAGAUCGUCACCGACAAGGAGGACGCGCUGGACUUCAAGAACGACAAAGGUGCGUUCUACCUGGUGUUUGAGUACAUGGACCACGACCUGAUGGGACUCCUGGAGUCGGGGCUGGUCCACUUCAACGAGAGCCACAUCAAGUCCUUCAUGCGUCAGCUCCUGGAGGGCCUCGACUACUGCCACAAGAAGAACUUCCUGCACAGGGACAUCAAAUGCUCCAACAUCCUGCUCAACAACAAGGGUCAGAUAAAGCUGGCCGAUUUUGGUCUGGCUCGGCUGUACAACUCAGAGGAGAGCCGGCCGUACACCAACAAGGUGAUCACGCUGUGGUACCGCCCCCCCGAGCUGCUGCUGGGGGAGGAGAGGUACACGCCUGCCAUCGACGUGUGGAGCUGCGGGUGCAUUCUGGGGGAGCUGUUCACCAAGAAACCCAUUUUCCAGGCGAACCAGGAGCUCGCUCAGUUGGAGCUUAUCAGCCGCAUCUGUGGCAGCCCCUGCCCCGCCGCGUGGCCGGACGUCAUCAAGCUGCCCUACUUCAACACCAUGAAACCAAAGAAGCAGUACCGCCGACGCCUACGUGAGGAGUUCGCUUUUAUUCCUCCGUCGGCGCUGGAUCUGUUUGACCACAUGCUCCACCUAGACCCCAGUAAGCGCUGCGCUGCCGAGCAGGCCCUGGGCAGCGAGUUCCUCCGAGACGUGGACCCGGCCAAGAUGCCCCCACCUGAUCUCCCUCUGUGGCAGGAUUGUCAUGAGUUGUGGAGUAAGAAGCGGAGGAGGCAGAAGCAGAUGCCAGAGGAGCUGAUGCCCCCCAAAGCUCCCCGCAAGGAGCUGGGUCUGGACGACAGCCGCAGCAACACCCCCCAGGGCUUCCCUGCCCCCGGAGGCCUCAAGGCCCAGGGCGGGGCUGCUUCUGCCCUGCUGGACCCCAAAGCGCCCAACUCCCAGCUGACCCAGGAGCAGCUAGCGGUCCUCAUCAACCUGUUCAACCAGUCUAAGAGCUCCGGCAGCUCGGCCCAGCUGGCCUCCAAGGUCAACCCCGAGACCCUGCAGCAGCUCUCCACAGCCCUGCCCCCGGCCCCGGCCGACCCAGACAGACCCCCGGAGCCUCCCCUGCCCCCGGCCCCCAGCAAGCCCCCCCAGCCCCCCGCAACAGGCGGGGCGCCCCGCACGCCCCCCACCGCCAAGCCCCCCUCCCCGCCCCCGGGGGCCCCUGAGGGGGAGGCGGCGGCUGCCGUGACCAUGCUGCUGGCCCAGAUCCUGCAGGCCCAGCAGAGCCAGCGGCAGGAGGCCAGCGAGGCCGGAGAGGGCUCAGAGGCCGGCCCAGCGCCUACCACGGACGUCAAACAACCCCCGGAGCCCAGCCCAGUGUCCCCAGCGUCUGAAGGAAGCGCGGUGUCCAGCCGACCCCCGGCCCCCCUGCCCAUCCUGCCCCCAAACCAGCGCCCCCCAGAGCCCCCGGAGCCCCCUCCCCAGUGUGCCGACCUGGACUACCGGCAGCCCCAGGAGCCCCAGCCUGGCCCUCCCAUCAGCGCCUCUGCCGGGGUGGGGGAGGGGGGCAGGCCCCCUGAGCCCGACUACCCCCCCCUGCCCAGCGCAGAGGGCCCAGGCUACGUAGCAGACUACAGCCGCCCGCCCCCUCCACCCUUCCCUCCAGCAGGGUUUGGGGAGAGCUACAUGGACCACAUGCUGGCCGCGGGUCUCCCACCCCACGCCCUCAGGGAGGUGUUCAGCGCUACAGCCCCGCCCCCCAGCUCCGCUUCCUCCUCCACCUCCUCCCUCCAGGAGCCCUACCCCCCGGGGGGGCCGGGGGCGGGGGGCGGCAUGGUGUUCAGCGGAGACAAGGACCACCGUUUUGAGUACAAUCACAGCCCCGGGCAGCAGCCCAACCCCACCAGCAUCCACCUGUACAACCACGGCAUCGGCCGCAAGGAAGGAGGGCCCCCGCAACCCCCCGGCCCCCCUCCUGGCCAAUCAUGGGCCUCCCCCUCCCAGGCCGGGGCCCCGCCCCUUCCUCUGGGGUUUGUCCCCCAUGUGAACUCGGCAGCGAUCCGAGGGCGAGGCCUCCCCUUCUGAUUGGCUGUGCUGGGGUUGGCAGGGCAGGUGAGGAGGGACUCAGACCAGGGGAGCCCAGGGCCUCUCAGGCCUCACCAGACAGAUCUGGAAAUGCACACUUGAUUUGUAAUAAUUUAAAGAAUCUGUGUUGAAGCAUUGUACUCCUCUUGUAUCUGGAAUGUGGGGUAUGUUACAGAAGGACAGCAACAAAUACUAAAGAGCGAGGGGGCUUUCCUUGCUCAUAAUCUUUCUUUUUUUGGUCUUUUUUCUUUUUUUUUGUAAUCUAUUCUACUGCUGUCUUUUAAAUUAAACUUUUACCUUUUUUGAGUGUACAUUUACCAGGCCAGGUAUGUUUUAAAUCUGUACCUUCAGCCUUUCUUUAAUUGCUCCCUGGGCAGACUAGUAUUAAUGUUUUGCACUACUGACUUGAGUAGGCGGAAUCUUUAUUAGCUAUGAAAUGAAUGUGCGAUAUCUGCACUGUUAGAAAAUGACCAGUAAUGUAGUUUUUUUUUUUCUCUGUUUUUUUCUCUUUUUUUUUUUAUCCUAUUUUGGCCAAGGAUACACCCACACCAGAAGAACUUGGGUGACUGGGUUCCUGACUGUGGGCUGGUGAUUGUCUUUUACUAAAUGAACUGUUGGUUCCAGAAAGACCGGUAGCACUUGGAUGACUGCAGUAAAACUGAUAGCUACUGAAUGACUCUUUGGGUUAAGGCUGUGUUCCAGUAAAUUUCUAAUUAAUCAUAAGGAAAAACAAAAAGAUGUGUAACCUGAGUUCAAAAAGGAGACUAGCAACUGUCUUUUUGUACUGAAAUGUUUUGUUUUCUCUUCCCUUUGGCAAACGUUUAUUAAAGAAAUGCCAAUGAUGUA